GUCUUCUCUUCCUCAACUCUUCUCUCUGAUCUCUCCCUUUCUUUUUGCUCUAUUUGAUAUCCUUUUUCUCAAAUGGAAAGAAAUCAGUUGCAUCGGCAAGUUGCUCUCUCAAGGCAGCCUCUGUUUGAUCAGGGGUUUCUUGAUGAACAAUUUCUCCAGCUUGAGGAACUCCAAGAUGAAGCUAAUCCUAAUUUUGUUGAGGAAGUUGUCACAUUGUACUACAGGGAUUCAGCUAGGCUAAUCCUUAACAUAGAACAAGCAUUGGAGAGGAAUCCUCUUGAUUUUAACAAGUUAGACAUCCUCAUGCAUCAAUUCAAGGGAAGUAGCUCAAGCAUUGGAGCCAAAAAGGUGAAAGCUGAGUGCACUCUCUUUAGAGAAUAUUGCAGGGCAGGAAAUGGAGAAGGAUGCAUUAGGACAUUCCAACAACUCAAGAAAGAAUAUACAACACUGAAAAAGAAGCUUGAGUCCUAUUUUCAGCUUGCAAGGCAAGUUGGGCCAGCUGAGACUGCAUGUCGCCCCAAGUGAGAAAUCAGUGGCGGAGAUGGCUUGAGCAAAAUGUGGAAGGGCUUUCUAUUGGGUUUAGCUGCUAUGUGUUGAAGGACAUGGAUGGAAAUGAUAUGGAAGAUUUACUCCUUGUUUUUUCACACAGGCUGUUGUGGCCUCUAUUUGGGGAAAAAAAAUGAUAAGCUAUUACUACUACUCCAAGUUCUAACUGUCAAUGUUCAUUCCCAUUGUUAUUGUAGCUCUUUUUUAUAAGAGUGGAUUUUGUUCAAAAUUGCCAAAUGAAUUAAGAAGAAAAUAUGGUUAAAGAAA